AUGGGCAACAGUUUCGGUUUCCUCAGAGGCGAAAGUGGAAGCGGAUUUCAGUUCAACGUAGUGGAGGCUUGCAAGGCUGAGGAUGUGGACCUCGCUCAGGCUUGUAGCCUGACGUUUGGUGCGGAUCAUGACCUAGUCUCGAUUGGCAAUGUUACGAGGGGAAGAAUGGUGCCGCAGCCUGGUAUCGCUGGCAUUGGAACAAGGCUAAUCAUCGAUGUAAACAGUCAGUUCGGCAGUGCCUUCGCAAGCUUCAGAGACAAACCCAACAACAAGACUCCCGAGAACCCGAACGCGGAUCCGACAUGGAAAGAUAGAGUGCGUGCAGCUGGCCGGACUUUCGUCUUGGGUGUUGCAGACACUCAAACCAUCUUCGUCGGAGCUUUCCUUCUCGGGUUUGCUGGUCGGAGCAAGUGCAAGCUGACAAGUUACCACUUUACAGUCGCCGUCAGUCAGAUGAUGAUCGCUCUGUCUGUUCUCACCUUCUCCAUCGCACUGGUGCGGACCUAUUGGCGAAAUCCCCUUGCAGCCGCUUUUCGAUUAAUACUUUCCGUCGGAGCCUUCAUCGGUGUCGGAUUGACGAUCUUCAGGGAAGCCAAUUAUGCUCCGUAUGACGCGCUCAAGCACUCGAGCCGAGACAGCGCCAUAUUACUCCCAGUAGCAUGCAUGCUGGAGAUGGACCUGCGAUCAGCGGCAGAAGAGCAAGCGCGUCAGAACCAAGCCGACCUCGGUUUCGGAAACGCAACAGCCUGGCCACCUGAAAGAUUCAUGUACAUCGUCCUCGGCAUCGCUUUCAUCGCUGCGCACAUCUCAGUCCCCAUCCGCUUCGCCGAAUCCAGAGACCGCGCGCCAAAAGUCUGGACGGAUAAGCGUGCAUUCGUUACCUUGAUCUACUGGAUCUUGGUGUUGCUCACACCCAUCGUAACGUCGAUGUUCUGCUGGUUCCGCGUGUACACGAUGCGCGAGUGGAUAGCUGGUUCGGGUUGGAUGGAGGAUCCGAAUACGGAAAUGAUAGUGUGGGAUUCGAGACAGUUGAUUGCUAUGGGCGUGCUUAUUACGGUUAUCAUGAAUGUGCUUACUGAGGCGAUGGAGAGGGAGAAGAAACACGCGAAGAAGAGGAGUGACGGAAUGGAUGGAGAGGCGGGAGUGGAGUUGCUGCCGACUGCGUAUCGUGGGUAUGAGUAUUAG